AUGGAUGAAUUUACUGUUGGCGUGCUGAUUGAAUGGGGAUUUGAAGAAUUGAUUGAUACGUUUAAAGAUGAGGAAAUUGGUAAAGAUGAGUUUAUGUCAUUAACAGAACUAAUGGUUAAAGAAUUAAUACCAAAGAUGGGUAAACGUGCAUCAUUUUAUAAAAAAUUAACUAGGCUAAAGAAAUUCAAGAUAUUAUAUAAUAUGAAUGUCAAUAUAAUUGACAAAUCAGUCACUGGAACACUUAUUGAAUCAAUCAAAUGUACUGAAGCAUCUAUACCUGCAGCUAUUGCAAUAUCACCUUCAGUGCCAGAGGAUCAAAUGAACGAACAUGUAGAUAAUGUAAAUAUAUCUAAUAUAACCAACUUUGAGAUUUAUGAAGAUGAUUUAUUUGGUAACACUCUACUUGAAUCUAAUGAUCAAGCAAUAAUAUCACCAUUUAUAGGUGGUAGUUCUCAAGAGACUGAAAAAAAUGUGAUCAACCAUAUUGGCACUUCAAAGAAUAAUUGCCAUCAGUCAUUAAGUACUAAUGAAAUUGUUGAGAAUGCUAAAAAUUAUGUUAGUGACAUACUCAAUAAAUAUAGUGAUGGCAAAGUAGUACUUAAUUAUUAUGAUUCUAUUGGCACAUUAAAUCAAUAUACAAGAAAUUGUUUGUCUUCCAUCAUUAUUAAACAUGAAAUCCAACAGUCUAUCAAAAUUGAAAAAAAAAGAUUUUCACUAUUAGCCAAAGGUAUUGAACAAUUAUUUCCAUGUGAGACUGGAGAAACCUAUUUUACCCCUUAUUUUAAAGAUGGAAAUAAUGUACACCCAAUGAGAGGGAAAUUAUAUGACAAAUAUUGUAAUCUGCGAAAGCAAAUUAAACAAAUAAAUCCAUCGAAAGUUAUUGUAACAUCACAGUCUGUAGAAAAUGAUAUUUUAAUUGAUGAUGCCGAGUGUAAAGAAAAAAUAUUGUGGCUUAAGAAUAAUACACUACCUACCCAGACUCUACAUAAAUAUUGGACUGAAACAUCAAAUUAUAGAUUGAAAAUAAAAGAAAAUUGUAUUGACAUUUAUCCUGCCUUUAAAAGUCCUACUGGUCAUUUAUUAAUUGAAAUAGAUUUCCAGACUUUGUACCCUGGAAAAGAAAAACUUUUAUUCCUUAAGUUUGACAUAUUUAAAGUCAAGUUAAUCAACUAUAUUGAUAAACUAAAAAAACGUUUUUCAUUACAAGACGAGUCUACAUUACUUUCCGAACUUAAAACCCCAUCAAGGCCUGGUAAUGAUAACAUAUCUGUCCUCAAACUUUUGCCGCAACUUUUUCAACCAUUAACAAUCAAGUUGGACAAAAAACGUAAAAUAGACGGCAAACAUUCAAUUUGGAGACCAUCGAAGGCUGAACAAGCAGAUUCUUUUGUUUUAUUUAUACCUGAUGUCUCUGAAUUAAGAAAUGUCCAUGCCCAAAAAAUAGAAAAAGCAAUUCAAUAUGGUACAACAUUGCAGCCUUAUAUAGUAAUCGUUGAUGACAAUGACAUUUAUGCUGUGAUCAACAGCAUAUAUUAUAAGUUAGAAACACCGUUAAAGGCAUUAGAUGUUUGUUACAAAUCUUAUUUUGCUCUUAACUUACACUAUCCUCAAGAAAGUGAACAGAUUUGGUUGUUUAUCCAAAACUAUUUCUUCGAUACAACGCUCAAGUCAGAUAAACAUGUUUUAUUUGUUAAAACAUUUAUAAACGAUUUAAAUAACAUAUAAUUAUCACUUUCUAGUGAGUACUAUA